GCUCCCGGGGAUCCAGCUGUCGCGCCAGUGCCAGCGAGUGCAGCGGCUGCCCCACCGCGCGCCCCGAGUCCGCCCGGCCCUCGGCGGGGAGAUGAACGCGCAGCUGGACGGCCUGUCGGUGACCUCGUCCUCCACCGGCUCGCUGGGCUCCGCGGCCGGGGCGGGCGGCGGCGGCGGGGGCGCGGGGCUGCGACUGCUGUCUGCCAACGUGCGCCAGCUGCACCAGGCGCUGACGGCGCUGCUGAGCGAGGCGGAGCGGGAGCAGUUCACGCACUGUCUGAACGCCUACCACGCGCGCCGCAACGUCUUCGACCUGGUGCGCACCCUGCGCGUGCUGCUGGACAGCCCGGUCAAGCGGCGUCUGCUGCCCAUGCUGCGGCUGGUCAUCCCGCGCUCCGACCAGCUGCUCUUCGACCAAUACACUGCCGAGGGUCUCUACCUGCCCGCCACCUCCUCCUACAGGCAACCCACCUGGGGCGGCCCCGACGGCGCGGGGCCCGGGGAGGUGCGCCUAGUGAGCCUGCGGCGCGCCAAGGCCCACGAGGGCUUGGGCUUCAGCAUCCGCGGGGGCUCGGAGCAUGGCGUGGGCAUCUAUGUGUCGCUGGUGGAGCCAGGCUCUCUGGCCGAGAAGGAAGGGCUGCAAGUCGGGGACCAGAUUCUGCGUGUCAACGACAAAUCCCUGGCCCGGGUGACCCACGCUGAGGCCGUCAAGGCUCUCAAGGGCUCCAAGAAGCUGGUGCUGUCGGUGUACUCAGCGGGGCGCAUCCCUGGCGGCUACGUCACCAACCAUAUCUACACCUGGGUAGACCCCCAAGGCCGCAGCAUCUCUCCGCCCUCGGGCCUGCCCCAACCCCAUGGCAGCACCCUGCGGCAGCACGAGGGUGACCGGAGGAGCACCCUACACCUCCUGCAAGGCGGGGAUGAGAAAAAGGUGAACCUGGUGCUGGGGGAUGGCCGGUCCCUGGGCCUCACCAUCCGUGGGGGAGCCGAGUACGGCCUGGGCAUUUACAUCACUGGCGUGGACCCGGGCUCUGAAGCGGAAAGUAGCGGGCUCAAGGUUGGGGACCAGAUUCUGGAGGUGAAUGGGCAGAGCUUUCUCAACGUCCUGCACGACGAAGCGGUCAGGUUGCUCAAGUCAUCCCAGCACCUCAUCCUGACGGUGAAGGAUGUCGGGAGGCUGCCCCGUGCCCGAACCACCGUGGACAAGACCAAGUGGAUUGCCAGUUCCCGGAUCGGGGACACCGCCACGAACUCAACAGGCUUUCCUGGGGAUCUCACAGCAGAGGGGACCAGCAAGCUGGGGUUUUACAAGGGGCCGGCCGGCUCCCAGGUGACCCUGAGCAGCCUGGGGAACCAGACGCGGGUGCUGCUGGAGGCGCAGGCGCGGCACCUGCUGAGCGCGCAGGAGCGUGCCACCAUGGCCUACUACCUGGAGGAGUACCGCGGCGGCAGCGUGUCCGUGGACACCCUCGUCAUGGCCCUGUUUGAGCUGCUCAACACCCAUGCCAAGUUCUUGCUCCUGUCUGAGGUGAGAGGUACCAUCUCCCCCCAAGACCUGGACCGCUUCGACCACCUGGUGCUGAGGCGGGAGAUCGAGUCGAUGAAGGCACGGCAGCCCCCCAGCCCUGUGGCCGGGGACACCUACUCCAUGGUCUCCUGCAGCGACACAGGCUCAUCCACGGGCAGCCACGGCACCUCCACCACUGUCAGCUCAGCCAGGAACACUCUGGACCUGGAGGAGACUGGGGAGACCGUCCAGGGCAAUAUGAACACCCUCUCAGACGUUUCCCUGGAUGAUGUCAAGUCCACCUCCAAGGGACUGCCUAGCUACAAGCCACCACCUCCCCCAUCACCUUUGCCCCAAGGCCACGACCACCUGACCACCCAGACGAGGAAGCCGGGCAGAGAGGACCUCCAGCCGCCUUCCUCCGUGUCUUCCCACGCCGGCAUCGUCUUCUCUGCUCCGCGGAACCGCAGCCCGCCGGCGGGCACCUCCCCCACCCCAGAGGCCUCCUCAGCACAGGACUCGCCCUCCUCCCCCAUCUACGCCUCCAUCUCCCUGGCCAACCCUGGCUCCAAGAGGCCGCUGGACGCCCACCUGGCCCUGGUCAACCAGCACCCCAUUGGCCCCUUCCCGCGGGUCCAGUCACCCCCGCACCUGAAAAGCCCCCCUGCAGAGGCCACGCUGGCGGGGGGCAGCCUUCCACAACCCUCCCCCUCCGGCCACCCAGACCAGACGGGCACGAACCAGCACUUUGUCAUGGUGGAGGUGCACCGCCCAGACAGCGAGCCCGACGUGAAUGAAGUGAGGGCGCUGCCCCAGACACGCACGGCCUCCACACUCUCCCAGCUCUCGGACAGCGGGCAGACCCUGAGCGAGGACAGUGGCGUGGACGCUGGUGAGGCAGAAGCCAGCGCCCCGGGCCGAGGCAGACAGGUGGUGUCUGCCAAGAGUAGGAGUAGCAAGGAGACGCCUCGGAACGAGAGGACCACCGAGGGGGCCGCCAAACCGCCCGGACUCCUGGAGCCCACCUCCACCCUGGUCCGCGUGAAGAAAAGUGCAGCCACCCUGGGCAUCGCCAUUGAGGGCGGCGCCAACACCCGCCAGCCCCUGCCUAGGAUCGUCACGAUUCAGCGAGGCGGCUCAGCCCACAACUGUGGGCAGCUCAAGGUGGGCCACGUGAUCCUGGAAGUGAACGGGGUGACGCUUCGGGGCAAGGAGCAUCGCGAGGCCGCGCGCAUCAUCGCAGAGGCCUUCAAGAGCAAGGAGCGUGACUACAUCGACUUCCUGGUCACCGAGUUCAAUGUGCUGCUCUAG